AUGGCCCUGGCCUCCCUCACGGCCUCGCUCCCAAUCGCCGUUGCCGCCGCUGCCGCGGUGAGAUUCCGAUUCCGCUUCCGCAUCGGCCACGCCAUGGCCUCCUCCGGCGCCGCCACUGGUGUGAGCGCGACCACAAGGGCCUUGCCGGCGAGGGUGGGCGUGGUACAGAUGACCUCCAUCGGGGAUGUCGACGCCAACUACGCCACCUGCUCCUGCCUCACCAAGGCAAGCCCUCCUUAA